CGGUACCGCCACGUUGAAUCAAUCUGUAUCAGGUAUCCAAUCCGACGGGCAUUGGUGAAUACCCAGGAUUGUCAAGUCAUUAUCCCGGGAUCCGAUCGGGAUCGUCUUGGAUGAGUGAUGGAAUAUAUGAAGCGUUCUGAAGUCGCUGUGUAUCCGCCGCUUCCUCAGUUCCCCCUCUCCCUCCCAUCAUUUGAAGGCCGGCGGAACAACCCGCCUCUGGUUGGACAAAAACACAGUAUAUAAUAUCUUUUUUGGUGGUCCUGACAUGACGCAGGGCGUCCAGCACAUGGAAACAGCGACAGCGAACUCUCAUGUCGACAUCCAGGAGGCAGAAGAAACUUUUGACGAGCUCGUGCGACAGCUCUCCAGACAUUCACAAAUUCGGAAUGUCCACCGCUCUAACUUGACAUCCAAAACUGCCUCCGUGACGUCUCAUACAGGCGCUCCUGACGUAGAAAAAGGAAAACUAGACCCUGAAGACGGUGACGAGCAACCGUUCGACCUGCGUGAAUACCUCACUUCAUCCAACGAUGCAAACCAGGCAGCGGGAAUAAAGCACAAGCACGUGGGCGUCACUUGGGAGGAUCUGGAGGUAAACGUCAUCGGCGGCGCUGGUUAUAAGGCAUAUAUGCCGACAUUCGGAGAUGCUGUCAUCGGAUUUUUCAUGUCACCCUUCCUUUGGUUGUGGGGCCUGUUCAUGAGUUUUCUCCCGAACAAAAGGCCUUUGACUCGAACCAUCUUACACAAGUCAUCCGGCGUCCUAAAGCCUGGAGAGAUGUGUCUUGUGCUAGGUUGUCCAGGCGCAGGCUGUACGACAUUUUUGAAGACUAUUGCGAACUACAGAGAGGAUUACGCGAGUGUUUCCGGUAAUGAGAUGGCAAAGUACUACCGCGGCGAGGUGGUCUACAACCAAGAAGAUGAUAUUCACAUCGCAACCCUGACCCCGGGCCCCAAGGGUCGCCUACCAGACGUGUCUUCUAAAGAAUUCAGGAAAACAGUACAAGAUGCGGUACUCAAAAUGCUCAACAUACCACAUACCCGGGAUACUCUUGUUGGGAAUGCAUUCGUACGUGGUGUUUCGGGAGGUGAGCGUAAACGUGUCAGUAUAGCCGAGAUGAUGGCCACUCGUGCCCGUGUCCAAUGUUGGGACAACUCGACUCGCGGAUUGGACGCUUCUACGGCAUUGGAUUUCGUCAAGUGUUUGCGGAUUAUGACAGAUGUCCUUGGACAAACCACUUUCGUGACUCUAUACCAAGCUAGCGAGAGCAUAUACGAACUGUUCGACAAGGUGCUUGUACUGGACAAGGGUCAUCAGGUCUACUUUGGUCCUCCUUCGGAAGCACGUUCAUAUUUCGAGGGCCUCGGCUAUCGUCCACUGCCUCGACAAAGUACCCCCGAUUACCUGAGUGGUUGCACCGACCCCAAUGAACGCCAGUUUGCGGACGGACACUCCUCAGGCAAUACGCCUUCCACUCCCGAAGGUCUUGAAGCUGCCUUGCGCAAAUCUCCUAUAUACAAGGACCUCCAAGACUCCUACCGAGAGUUCACCUAUCAGAUGGAGACAGAAAAGGUUGAUCAGGAAGCCUUCCGGGAUGCCGUGCUCGCAGAUAAGAGACGAGGCGUCUCGAAGAAGAGCCCAUAUACACUCGGAUUUUUUGGCCAGGUAAAAGCACUCACUAUCCGUCAGUUCCGGCUCCGUCGCCAGGACCGAUUCCAGUUGGUAACUAGCUUCAUGCUUGCUAUUACUCUUGCGUUGGUCAUUGGUGGGGCCUACUUCAACUUGCCUGAUACUGCUGGUGGUACUUUCCCGCGUGGAGGCGUGGUCUUCCUUGCCAUGCUUACCGUUGUAAUUGAGGCAUUUGCAGAAAUGCCUUUGCAAAUGGUCGGCAGGCCAAUAGUCAACAAACAGACGUCUUACGGAUUCUAUCGGCCGGCAGCUAUCGUCCUGGCCAACUUCUUUGCGGACAUCCCUAUUGCUGCUGUCCGGGUCUUUAUCUUCGAUGUCAUCGUCUAUUUCAUGACGAAUCUGGCACGUUCGGCAGGUGGAUUCUGGACCUUCCACCUUUUCGUCUACACGGGAUACCUAGCUUUGCAAGGUUUCUUCCGGACCUUAGGACUUCUAUGCGUCAACUUUGACAGUGCAUUCCGCUUGGCUACGGUUUUCGUUCCCAAUAUGAUGCAGUACACCGGAUACACGAUACCGACAUUUAACAUGAAGCGAUGGCUAUUCUGGAUCUAUUACAUCAAUCCGCUUUCUUAUUCGUGGGGUGGUGCUAUGGAGAACGAAUUCAUGCGCACCAGUUAUACGUGCGACGGAGACUCCGUCGUCCCCCGUAAUGGUCCAGGGAUGAAUAUAUAUCCCAAUGAUCUCGGACCCAACCAAGUUUGUACUCUUUUUGGUGCACAGCCGGGCAGCGACGUGAUUCCAGGGAAAGAUUACCUCGAAGCGGGUUUCGCACUUAAUACAGCUGACAUCUGGCGGCGCAACCUAGUCGUGACUGUGGCCUUCAUCGUCUUCUUUUUAUUUACGCAGCUCGUCGUAAUCGAGUUGUUUUCACCUAAAGUUCCUGGCACUUCUGUCAAUAUUUUUGCCAAGGAAAACGCUGAGACGAAGCGACUCAAUGACGCUCUGCGCGAGAAGAAGGCUGCUCGCGCCAACGAGAAACAAAACAUAGAAGAUGAGAAGGCUGAGGGGAAAGAGCGACUUGCAGAUGCGGAAAACGAAAAUCCUCAUGCCCAUCGCAAGGUGUUUACGUGGGAAAACCUGAAUUACACUGUGCCUGUUCCAGGCGGAACCAGGAGAUUGUUGCACGAUAUCUGCGGCUACGUGAAACCAGGUACUCUCACGGCGCUCAUGGGUGCCUCCGGUGCAGGGAAAACGACAUGUCUCGAUGUGCUCGCCCAAAGAAAAAAUAUCGGCGUGGUCACAGGCGACGUGCUAGUCGAUGGCCGGCCUCUCGGUCCCGAUUUCGCUCGCGGCACUGCUUACGCGGAACAAAUGGACGUUCAUGAAGGAACCGCUACCGUGCGAGAGGCAUUGCGCUUUUCCGCAUACCUUCGUCAACCUGCAGAAGUCUCUAUCGAGGAGAAGAACCAAUAUGUCGAGGAGAUAAUUGAACUUUUGGAGCUUCAGGACCUUACGGAAGCGCUCGUUUUCAGCUUAAGUGUCGAAGCGAGGAAACGACUUACCAUUGGUGUCGAGCUUGCUAGCAAACCGGCUUUGCUUCUCUUCUUGGACGAACCUACUUCCGGGUUGGACGGUCAGAGUGCAUGGAAUCUCGUCCGUUUCCUACGGAAGCUUGCUGAUCAAGGCCAAGCUAUUCUGUGUACCAUCCAUCAGCCUUCAAGCUUGCUCUUUGAAAGCUUUGACCGUCUGUUACUGCUCGAGUCCGGGGGUGAGACGGUUUAUUUCGGUGACAUUGGUAAGGACUCGCACGUCAUUCGCGAGUACUUUGCACGGCACGGCGCACAAUGCCCGUCAAACGUGAACCCAGCGGAGUACAUGCUCGAGGCUAUUGGUGCUGGAUUGUCCCCUCGGGUUGGCCCUCGGGAUUGGAAGGACGUCUGGCUCGAUUCUGCAGAGUACAGGCGUGUACGUGAGGAGAUUGUCGAGAUCAAGGCCCAGGCACUUGCGAAGCCCGCUCCGCCUGAGGGGAAGACACAGACCUACGCUACGUCGUUCUUUUAUCAACUCAAAGUGGUCGUACAGCGAAACAACAUGGCUUUAUGGCGGUCUCCCGACUAUGUCUUCAGCCGCUUAUUCGUACAUGCGAUAUUCUCGCUUUGCAUCUCAUUGUCGUUCCUGCAACUUGGGAAUAGUGUGCGCGAUCUGCAGUAUCGCGUAUUCGGAAUUUACUGGCUUGCUGUGCUUCCACCAAUCAUCAUGACGCAACUGGUGCCUCUCUUUAUACUCAAUCGACUUACUUUCAUUCGGGAGGCAUCCAGCAGAAUAUAUUCUCCAUACGUUUUCGCCAUUGCUCAGCUCCUGGGUGAAGUCCCGUACUCUAUCCUGUGUGCCACCGUGUACUGGGUACUUAUGGUGUACCCCAUGGGUUUCGGUAAAGGGGCCACUGGCACCAAUGGGACUGGCUUCCAGCUGCUUGUAGCAAUUUUCAUAGAAUUUUUCGGCGUUUCCUUUGGACAACUUCUUGGGUCACUGUCGCCCUCUAUUCAAAUCGGUGUCCUCUUUGUGCCCUUUUCCGCCGUAGUGCUAGCAAUUUUCUGUGGUGUUACGAUUCCUUAUCCCUCCCUUAUCCCUUUCUGGAGGGAUUGGCUAUAUCAACUCGAUCCAUUCACUCGGAUGCUUUCCGCAAUGUUGUCUACAGAACUCCAUGGGCUACCCAUCGUUUGUGCCUCAGACGAGUUCGCCGUAUUCAACCCGCCCACUAGCCAGACGUGCUUUGAAUGGGCUGGUGAAUUCGUCGAUGCGUUCGGUGGCUAUCUCAACAACCCGAAUGCAACUACUGCAUGUCAAUAUUGCCAGUAUAAGGUCGGAGACGAAUACUUCACACCGCUUAAUAUUAGCUUCAGCAACCGUUGGCGGGAUGUCUUCAUUCUAUUCGCGUACUUCGUCUUCAACAUCCUCGCAACCAUCAUCGCAUCCCGAUUCCUACGUUACGCCAGACGAUGAUCGUUGAUAUAUUGAUUUGCGCAUAAUGAGCUAGAUUCACAUGGAAGCAUUGCAGAGUUCACGAACAACCUACGACCCGUAAAGAUAAUGUGUAGCUAACAGGAAUUAUAAUCGUUGGAUGCCUACUC